GUGAGUGUUCCUCGCGAUAUUCAAUGGUUUCAGUACCGAGCCGCCGCGGGUCAGGACUCGAUGUGGCUUCAUCGCAGGGGAGAUUCGUAACCGUACGCCUCACGACGCGGACGGUGUGAUCCAUGAAUCAAAAGUCGGAGCGAAAGCGCGCGGUGUCAUCGUCCACGGGUCACCAGGUCGGCCGCCUCCGUGACCCGCUCCGCAGGUGCCGAUCGAUGAUCCGAAAGUCACGAUUCGCGAGGAACGCGACGGCGCGAUCGCGUUUUCCCGGUGUUUAGGCACACGCGUCGCUCUGAAGUUUGACGCGAGUGAAUUUCGCAGAUUCCUCGCUCGUAAACACGUCCCCCUCUUUUUUCUUUUUACGCUACUUUUACGAAAUCCCAUCUUCUCGACUUCCUCUCGACGGGCGCAUGUACGAUCGGCUCGCGAGUGCGCGCGUAACGCACAUGCUCGGUCGCCGCGAGAUCGACGGGGGUAAGCGCGAAAGAGCGUCAAAGUCUUCGUUCGGUCACGAGCUGUGCUCCAAAUAAAUAAACCGCGGAUACUCGUGUAACACAUCGUGUUCGAUUAACCAACGAUGCUCAUGGAACCUGUUGGCGACACUUUAAUCGACACGCAGCGUCGAUGAGUCGCGUGUGAUAACCUUCCCUCGCAACGCACUUUCGCAUGCAUGCGGUUCAUCGUUGAUUCUUGAUUGCUGUUCCACGAGCACUAACGAAAUGUAAAAGCGAAAUAACAGUCGAAAGUGCAAUCAGUAAAGAACGAUAACGAUGCGUUCCACGGCUAGCGAGCGCUCCGCUCUGAAAUUUCCGUCGUUCACCUAAUCUCAACAAUUGCCAGAGAAACGAUAUCCCAUUUCAUCACUCGCGCAAGAAAGCGGAACGAUUCGAUUUCGAGACAAAUGAAUUUUUACGAGAGUCUCAAAAUUUGCUCUCACAUCGAAUCUUCUCGGAAUUUUCGCGAACGAUAAUCGCAUAUAUUCCUGAUUGGAAAGGGAUAAACUUUUGUAAAGUGUGUUUUGAGGAAAUUUAUCGCUUACCGUUGCGAUUGGACGUUGCAUAUCGGUUCCGGCGUAGCGGAAGUUCCGACUAUCGGAAUAUUGGGACACGUCGAAUCCACUUUGCAAGUUGAGUUUGCGAAAGGCCCGGCAGUUAUCUUGUUUCAUUCCGCGGAGGUUUACCGUGAGAUCGAACGCAUUAGCGGGAUUCGCGAGAACAGACCGUAGAGGCAGAGGCACUCGGAAUCCGAAGGGAAGAAGAACCCCUCGAAGAGGAGUCUGCAUCCCUCGCCGUCUCGUGCACUCCGCGGCGAUAAAACUACAAUCGCCACUCGGAUCCUGUCACGAGAGACUUCGCUCCGUUACGGAUCCGUUUAUCCGGCAAAUCCAGUGAUCAUCUGUUCGCCCAACACGCUCCAUGGAAUCCCGCGGCAGCGAAAAAUUUACCUGACAGAACGCAUCGGUCAUGGAAUGAAAAAAAAAAGGGGGGGGGGUGGAGCGAUAACAAACGGCGUAAAUGGCCCGGAGCGGAUAAAGUUUCAACUACUCGCGCGAUAUCCGCGUUUGAAGAAUUACGUCUACGAACGGUCGGAAAAUCCGUCGAAGAGAUCGAUCGCGCGCUUGAAUCGUCCAACUCCCGAAGUCGAGGGAUCCUACACGGAUAGGGAGAACAAAAGAUCGUCGAACGAGAUGGGAACACCGUAUGGUGACGGCAUGCAUCGCCGUUAGACGUCCGGUGUUUCGUUUCUGAGAGGCCUGAAAGACAAAUAGCCGACGUCUCAUUAAAUGACGACGGGUAGGUGAGCGACAAGAUAAAUAGGGGACGUCCGCGUGGCAUGUCGGUUCACGGCGACGGCUACGGCUACGGCGGCAGCAACGACGGCAAAGAGCAUUAGACGAUGUGGAUGGCGGCGCAAUGCAGCAGCAGCAGCAACGGCAGCAGCAGUGGCAACGGCAGCAGAAGCAACAGCAACGACAACGGCAUCAGCGACGAGAACGGCAGCAGCGUCGGGGGUUGCAAUUAGUGCCGGCUCGCAACGGCCGCGAGGCAACGUAACGACUGAAGGGGGGGAGGGGGGCCGCCGGCCGUUAGGUGGUCGAGGGUGUGUGCAGUGCGCGUGAAAGGGAGACAAAAUGUGGUGGAGGUGGCGGUGGUGGAGUGUCGUGACGACGACGACGACGACGACGAUGCUGGUCUUGGUAGCCGCCGCGGCGUACUCGCCGCUCGUGGAACUAUCCGAUCUGGAUGAGCCAAUACCAAUUGUUGCCAUUGACGGAGUACUUGGGAACAAGGUGCAGCUUCCUUGUGACAUUCGUUCCACCAAUCAUGACGAAAUCAGCAUGGUGUUGUGGUACAAGGAAGGCAGAAACGAAUUACCGAUUUACAGCUUUGACGUUCGCGGCCGGCAAUACAGCAACGCCCGUUUUUGGUCGUCGCCCACGGCAUUGGGACCAAGAGCUUUUUUCGUCACGGCGACGAAUCCGGCUCACCUCAGCAUCGAUCGGCUGGAGAGCACCGAUGAGGGGAUCUACCGGUGCCGGGUGGACUUCAGAAACUCGCCGACGCGGAAACAAAGGAUGAACUUAACCGUUAUAGUGCCUCCGUCGAAGCCGGUAAUAUUGGAUGGGGCGACGAAGGCCGUUUGGGGCGUCGAGCAGCGGUACAACGAGGGGAGCGACGUGAACCUGAUUUGCCAGGCCCGUGGCGGCAAGCCACCCCCGAAGCUGACGUGGUAUCUCGACAAUAUCGUGAUAGACGAGUCCUCUCACUACGAUACCCAGAACGGGUUAACGAUUAACCACUUGGCGUUUCCGAAAAUUGGGCGACAACACCUCCAGGCGAGGCUGAUCUGUCAGGCCAGCAACACGAACUUGGUGCCACCGAAAGUCAAUUUAUUCGUCCUCGAAAUAAAUCUUAAACCGUUGGUAGUCCAAAUCCUGACGAAGGAAACGAGAGUUUCAGCUGAGAAAAAUUACAACGUGGAAUGUCGCUCAAGCGGUUCACGGCCAGACGCGGUGAUUACUUGGUGGAAAGCAAAUAAGCCAAUCCUUGAGAAGUCUGAGACCUACCCGAUCGAGAACAAUCAGAGUUUGAGCAUCCUCAGAUUCACGCCAACUAUAGAGGACGACGGUAAAUAUUUGACAUGCCGCGCGGAAAAUCCUGCUAUACCAGACAGCGCGCUGGAGGACAAGUGGCGGCUUGACGUACAAUACCAACCGGUGGUCAGCUUAAGGAUGGGCGAAACGCUGAAUCCGGAUGACAUCAAAGAGGGUGACGACGUGUACUUUGAGUGUAUAGUGCGAGCAAAUCCGAAGGUGUACAAGCUCGCCUGGUUCAAAGAUGGCAAAGAGUUGAAAAAUAGUCCUACAGCGGGUGUAGUCCUGAGCGAUCACUCUCUGGUCCUCCAAGGAUUGACUCGUUACUCCGCCGGCGAUUACACCUGUCUUGCCGCGAACAGCGAGGGAAAGACGGCCAGUAAUCCAGUGUCCCUCCAGAUAAUGUAUGCGCCGGUGUGCAAGGAAGGCAAGAGCGAAGUGGUAGUUGGCGCUUUGAAACAGGAGACCGUGUCGUUAGUGUGUUCCGUAGAGAGCCAUCCGGCGCCAUUGACUUUCCAUUGGACAUUCAAUAAUUCCGGCGAGCUCGUCGAGGUUCCACACUCGCGUUACUCUCAAGUAUCGGCGUCGGGCGUACAAGACAGUCAGAAAGAGUACGAGCAGUUUCGCGGGUUCAGACUGAACUACACACCAGCCUCGGAAAUGGAUUACGGUACAGUAGCAUGCUGGGCGAGCAACCAGGUUGGCAGGCAACGAACACCUUGCCUUUUUCAGGUUAUAGCCGCAGGUCGCCCGUACGCUCUUCACAAUUGCAGUGCCACGGAGAUGUCAGCUCCUCUGGAUAUGGAGGAGCUUGGCACGAAGUCGGGAACCGGGCUGAUAGUCCGGUGCCUGGAGGGCUACGAUGGAGGUCUUCCGAUAUACAGCUAUCAGCUGGAAGUCGUGUCCGACGAGGACGGAGGUCCGAUUCUCCUAAAUAAAACCGUGCCAGCGGGUCCGAACGGGCCGACUUUCGAAGUCGCGGGACUAACGACGGGAAGAAGCUAUCGACUUUUUCUCUAUGCAAUUAAUGCGAAAGGAAGAAGCGAGCCUGCCAUACUCGAACCGGUGACCCUAAAGGGUGUCGCUAUGUACACAACUGGCAACACCGAUGCAUCGAUGCUGAAUCCGUUGUUGCUGGGCUUGGCAGCCAUGGCGACCCUUUUGGCCCUGGCCGUUGCUGGAAUCCUGGCGGCGCUCUACCGGAAGCACUCCACCGGCCGACCCGGAAGUCCAAAGCACGCUCCCAUCGUAUGCGAGCCGCCUAAUGCAGGUGCAACCACCCCGGUGCACCCUCAGACCAAGCAGGCGGUCGAUGACAUCGAUCCGGACAUCAUACCCAACGAGUAUGAAAGAAGACCCCUAACAUAUACCCCCGUCUACAAGACACCGCCACAACGAAGAAAGAAGGAUCACGCCACCGAUGAGGACGUCUCGCCAGAGAAAAGGCCGAUCGUUCAGCACGGUUUGGAUCUGCCCCCGGAUCCGAUGUUGACCGACUGCCUGCCAACGCCUACCAUAAAUUAUCCGCAAAAUCACGUACCUCAGCAAAGCGCUUACAAUCAUCCGCCCACGAUGGCUGAUUUCAAACAGAUGGCGAUGGACGCCUACAAUCAGCGUAACAACCAAAACGUAUAUUAUAGCCUUCAGAGGACGAGCAAAGGGCUCUCGUCGAUGCCACAGAGGCCCGUUUCAUCGUCGAUCUCCGCGCAAGGCAAAUUCCAUCAACCUGAAGUGGUGACACGCUCGAAUCGGAUACAGGAGAGCUGUAUAUAAGUUCGGAGGGUUUCCCUGCGGGAUCAACCUCGUGAGCUUCUAAGACGCCGCCGGCGAUUAUAUUUACACGUGUAAAUGUAACGAGUACGGGCGGGAGAGCAGCGUUAUGUAGAGAUCCGUGGAUUCCCGAGACGCGAGCGCGAGGUCUAACGUGGUAUCUUCCCAUAGUUGGUACACGAGUUUCGAACCACUCCGCGAAACACACUUAACGUUUACUGUACAAAACCGUAGAGAGGCUGAUGGUGUGUUCCAGAUCGUAUUGAUGGGAACGCGGUCUCUCCUCGAGAUUACGCUACGCCGAUGCCGAUACGAGGACGGCGCUACAUUUUCAUAUUAUAUAAUUUUGCGGGGAAGACAAGGCGAAACGAUAUUAGCGAGUUAGAGAGAGAGAGAGAGAGAGAUACCCGUGCAUGUCCAAAAAUAUUUCUUUACUGCCAUACUGAGGUAUAAACGGUAUAUCGUAACGUACAAAGAGUCUAACCCCUAAAAGUAGUUAAUGUCAAUAACGAGGGAGAUGAGGCUGGGUCAAAGCGAGCUGAGGAAAAUUUUAACAGCGCUUUAUAUUUUAUUCAUACUUCCGGUCUCCAAGUCGCGUAUAAAAUGGCGUCUUUACAUGGUGGACCUCAACAUAUUAAUUCUUUUGGAACUUACUCUUACAACUUAUCAAAACUUUUUUCAGAUAGUUACUCUUACAGUGCAACUGUAAGGUAAUACGAUUGGGAAGAUGAUUCUCGAUCAAAGCUCAUUCUCCAGCCUUAUCCCCUAAAAUACUAACGAUAUUAAUGUGAUCGUAUUCGAAGCUCAUCACUGCUCAUGUUUUUCGUACGCAAAAUUUUUAUAACAAUAACUCAGACAGAAAAUAAAUUCAUUAAAAAGACUUCGCCGAACACGAGAGAAUCUCUUAAGGAGCGACGUCUUCGUUCCCGAUCACUGACGCGGCACACGAACGUGGAUUUUACUGUUUAUAUGGAACUAGUUUUUGUACAAAGAUCUAUUGUAAAUAGACACGAGCCUGGCCGUAGAAUUAUAGUCACUAAUGUCCGAAUUUCAUCCGUUACAUGUUAAGUCGAGAGAUGUCCGAUCGCGUAAGAUAAAACUCGAUGGCAUACGAAUACGAAUAAAGAGAAUUACGUUUCAUCUGUUUUACACAAA